AUGAUAUCGGUAAGAUUCUAUGGAACAAGAGCAUAUCUUAUAGACAAAAGUCUUAUACCAGUAGUUUUGUUCUGGAUUGACCCAGUUGUUGGAUAUAAUUUCAUAACAUAUGGUUCAUUCGAUACUGAACGUUGCAGUGAAGGCUUACUUUACAUCGUUCAGAAACCGAAGGACUUCAAUACAAAGAGAUAUAAGAUAGGAAGAACAUUUAAUAUAACUCAAAGAUAUGACAGUAUAGUCAAUAGAGUCAAGGUUGCGUUUGUUAACGAUAUGAGAGCUGCUGAAACAGAACUACUUGAAAAGUUUGAGAAAAUGUAUGGUGCUCCCACGAAAGGUAAAGAAACGUUUGAAGUAGAUGAGAUCGACAAAGCUAUAAAAUUAUUUGACGAAGUUGCUGAAAAAUACAUGUAA